CCCGGGGGAGCAGAGAGACACAACGCGAGGCCAGCCCGACGGGCAAGAAGCGCGCCGCUUCCUUCCGGCCCCGGAGCGUCUUCGGCGUCUAGCCCCGCCCCAUCUGAUCUGCAUAUUCAUGAGAGGGGCGGGCCCCCGGGAUGAAGAGGGCUCCCGGCCGCCGCCGCCUUUUCGUCCUGAGCCCCGCCCUCCUCCUGAGCCCUUCCGCAUCGAUUCGGCCUUACUUCUGGCCGGCCUCCCGCGCGCCUUUCCGAGGGAUGUGAGGGGAGAUGGGGAGCGGUCUGUUUUCUCCCACCCAAGAAGGGGCGCGGGGAUGGGGGGAAGCCCAAAUUCAGACAGACGGCUCUUUUCCCUUCAUCUCUAUGGUUAAAGGGGCUGGGGAAGCCACUUCCGGCUGGUUGCUGUGGAUACCGAUAUCAACUUCCGUCAGCUGGGAGUAGGGGGGAGCGGAGAGGAAGAGGACAGAAGCAGGCGCCUAUCGACCCGGGGGGAAGAGAACCGCCUCGAAUAUGCCUGGGAAAGAGCUUUACAAGCGCAAGCAGAGCCAAAUUGCACUUAGACCUUCUAAAUCAACUAUAAGGAGACGGGAUGAAGAAGGCGGUGCUGAAGUGGAAGGAGGAGCAGAUGAAUGGACCCAGGCCAAGACCUUAAUCAAGCCCCUGGACCAGCUGGAGUUGACAGAUGCUGAAUUGAAAGAAGAGAUCACCCGCAUCCUGACAGCCAGUAACCCACACGCUCCACAGAACAUCGUCAGAUACAGUUUUAAAGAGAGAGCCUUCAAGCAAACUAGUGUGGUGGACCAGCUGGCCACUCAUUUCUCUCUUUAUGGAAACCUGAUAUUCAAAGAUUCGGAUGAGGGUCGGAGGCAGAGCAUGAGACACAGCUUAACUGCUGCUGUGAUUUCAUCAGUUGUGCUGGACUUUGAGGCCAUGGAUGCAGAACUUAAAGAAGAGCAAACAGAAGGAGAAGUGGGGGAAGGGGAAGGAGAAGGUGAAAAAACUGACCAGCUGGCUGCGGCCCCAGAAGAAAAAGAAGAAGAAGAAGUAGUUCAUCCCCGUCAAGCGCAAGAACGAAAGCUCACCAACCAGUUUAACUUCAGCGAGAGAGCCUCGCAGACCUACAACAACCCUGUGAGGGACAGGGCAUGUCAGAUGGAGCCCCCACCUAGAGCUACCUUCUCUGACACUGCUAACCAGUGGGAAAUCUACGAUGCCUACGUGAAGGAGCUCCAUAAACUGGAAAAGUCAAAAGAGAAAGAAAAGCAAAAAGCCCCAGUUGCAAAGAAAGGAGACAAGAUGCGGGGAAGGAAAUUAACUUCUCUAGAAUCUCAGAGUGAUGACAUCACGAAGGUGGUGAAGGCAGCUAAGAUAGUGGAGCGGAUGGUCAACCAAAACACCUUUGAUGACAUUGCCCAAGACUUUAAAUACUUUGAAGAUACCUCUGAUGAAUACCGAGAUAACCUGGGGACUCUCCUUCCCCUGUGGAAGUUUCAGUAUGAUAAAGCCAAGAGACUGGCAGUCACUGCCCUCUGCUGGAACCCCAAAUACAAAGAUUUGUUUAUCGUGGGACAUGGCUCUUAUGACUUCACAAAGCAGAGCCGAGGGAUGCUCCUGCUGUACUCCUUGAAGAACCCUUCUUUCCCAGAAUACAUCUUCAACAGCGAGAGUGGCAUCAUGUGCCUCGACAUCCACAUUGACCAUCCCUACCUUAUUGUCGUGGGUUUCUAUGAUGGCAACGUGGCCAUCUACAACCUGAAGAAGCCCACCAGCUCCCAGCCUGGAUACAAGAGCAGUGCCAAGUCUGGCAAGCACACCGACCCCGUGUGGCAGGUCAAAUGGCAGAAAGAUGACAUGGACAACAACUUGAACUUCUUCUCUGUCUCUUCCGAUGGGCGCAUUGUGUCCUGGACUUUGGUUAAGAAUGAGCUGGUUCAUACAGAUGUCAUCAAGCUGCUUGUAGAAGGGACGACGAUGGAAGGGCCUGAGGGGCUGCAGCUGCACACCAUCGGCUGUGGGACUUCAUUUGACUUUCACAAGAAGAUAGAUUAUUUGUUCCUUGUGGGGACAGAAGAAGGCAAAAUCUACAAAUGUUCAAAGUCCUAUUCAAGCCAGUUCCUGGACAUCUUUCAUGCACACCAUAUGGCCGUUGAUGCUGUGAACUGGAAUCCCUUCCACAGCAAGGUCUUCAUUUCCUGCAGUUCAGACUGGACAGUGAAGAUCUGGGACCACACCAUCAAGACUCCCAUGUUCAUCUAUGACCUGAAUUCUGCUGUUGGAGAUGUUGCCUGGGCUCCUUAUUCCUCCACUGUUUUUGCUGCAGUUACCACUGAUGGAAAGGCCCAUAUCUUUGAUCUGAGUGUCAACAAGUAUGAACAAAUCUGCAAUCAGCCGGUGGUGGCCAAGAAGAAGAACAAAAUUACUCACGUCCAGUUCAAUGCCAUCUACCCGAUCGUCAUCAUCGGAGAUGACCGGGGCCACGUGACCUGCCUGAAGCUUUCUCCCAACCUCCGCAAGAUGCCUAAGGAAAAGAAAGGCCAGGAGGUUCAGAAAGGCCCAGAAGUGGAGAUUGCAAAGCUGGACAAACUGCUGAACCUGGUAAGAGAGCCAGUGGCCAAAACCAGCAAAUGAAGUGAGACUGCUGCUUCCCCCCCCCCCAGCUCAGCUCUGCCUCCUCGCAUGCAGUUGGGAAGUCCCGGCUCCCAGGAACAAGCACCCCUUUGUAGGCUGCAGCGCCCUGCGUGGACAGCUGCCCCACAGCCCUUUUUUAUUCUGAAACAAAAGUGUUGUUUUUGGUUUUGAAUACAGAAAAAUAAAAGCUGAGACUUGACAGCCAUGCUGGCUCUCAUCCAGCCA